UCCACGCCGCUCUAAUUGGCCGAUUUGUCGACGUACCCAGAGCGCCUUGUUGUAAUUAGGCCCUUGGAAGCGUGUGCUCUGUCAUCAGUCAGAAGAAACACAGAAAUGACUGUCUUCCGAAGAACACACACACACACACACACACACAAGGCAGGAUGUGAAUGGUGACUACUUCUAAAGCCUUUUAUGUGGAGAAGGACACGGAGCCCACUCAAUGCUUGAAUUUAUUCUGUGAAGAUGCGUAAAAUUGUGUCUUUCUUUCACCAUCGUCCAUGCUCCACUUUCUCGUCUAUGGCAUGACGUGGCAUGCUAUUUCAGGAGGGAUGUGGUUAUAUAAAACGAGACAGGAGUACUGCGCUGGCUGCUGCAGUGCUUCGUGCGUUAGUCUUCAUACGGACGUAUGGACGGCACAAGGACCUUUCCUAACUAUAGGGAGUUCUGGCUUUGAACGUUGAGAAGCUUGGAUGAGGAAUCGACGCACUUUGAGUUGCUGAAAUAACAUUGAAGAUUCUUGGUACCAGAUGAGGAACAAUGCUGGCCAUGGACCAAGGUGUGGUGGAGGAAUGGCUGUCUGAGUUCAAGACGUUUCCUGAGACGGCCAUCUCCAGCUACGCUGCGUCUCUGAAGGAAAAGGCCUCGCUGGUCCCUGCGCUCUAUAAAGUCAUCCGAGAGAACUACAGUGACCUCCUAGAGCCGGUGUGUCACCAGCUGUUCGAGUUCUACCGGAGCGGAGAGGCUCGUCUUCAGCGCUUCACCCUGCAGUUCCUGCCUGAGCUGGUGUGGAGUUACCUGUCUGUGAGCGCCGGACGCAACCCUCACCACAGCGGCUGCAUCGAGGCUCUUCUUCUCGGCAUCUACAAUCUGGAAAUAGUCGAUAAAGAUGGUCAAAGCAAAGUGUUAACCUUCACCGUCCCCUCCUUAUCCAAACCAUCAGUGUACCAUGAGCCUUCUGCCAUCGGCUCCAUGGCCCUAACCGAAGGAGCCCUAGCCAAUCACGGGCUUAGUCGAGUUGUUUACAGUGGACCGCACCUCCAGAGAGAGACGUUCACAGCGCAGAACAGGUUUGAAGUGCUGACGUUCCUGCUGCUUUGUUAUAACGCUGCUCUGAGCUACAUGAACAGUUCUUCCCUCCAGUCUCUGUGUCAGCUCAGCUCCAGAGUGUGUAUCUGUGGCUAUCCGAGGCAGCAGGUCCGGAGGUAUAAAGGCAUCAACAGCAGGAUGAUGGUAACGUCAGAGUUCCUAGUGCAGCUGAUCACGGGCAUUCACUUCGCUCUGUGUAACGGAGAGCCUGAUUUGGGCUCCAAAGCUCUGGAUGACGUCCUGUAUCGAGCUCAGCUGGAGCUUUACCCAGAAGUCUUGCUGGUGGGAAACGCCAUCAAGACAUCACUCCAUGGUGCUGCUCUGAAGUCCAACAAGGAAGGCACGCGCUCCAUCCAGGUGGAGAUCACACCUACUUCCUCACGGAUCUCCAGAAACGCCGUCACCAGUAUGUCCAUCCGCGGCCACCGCUGGAAACGGCACGACGCAGUGGAUCUGGGUUCCCCGGAAGAGCUGAUGGAGAUCUCGGAGGUGGACGAGGGAAUCUGCACCCAGGCCGCCGUGAAGGAGGGCAGCCCCCCGAUCAUUGUGGUGAGCAGCAGCAACGUCACGCCGAGCAUCGGGAAAACAGCUGGCAAGGGCCUGCGGCGCCUGACGGGCAGCAAAUCCAGCAAGGACAAAGAGAGAGAGAAGGAGAAAGAAGGGGAGGUCUCACGCAAGCAGUCGUGCGGUCGGGCCAUGAGCGAGAACCUGGAGCUGCUCUCACUCAAGCGCCUCACUCUCACCUCCAGCCAAUCAGUGCCUAAAGGGGGUGCGCUGAGCCUGUCGCGCACGGCCAGCGCCGCCUUCUCUCGUUCCUUCGAGCAGGUCAGCAACGCGCUGGGCGUGACCAACCGGGCAUCGAGCCCCGCCUCUAAUCACAGCCCCAAGGAGAACAGGCACUCUGCCUGCAGCCUGCAAGAGGAAUCCUACAUGGAGCACCUGAGCCCAGCAAACAUCAGCGUGCAGCUCGGCCCAGACGCGUGACCGUUUCCGUUCGCUCCCAGACCUGCCCAAUUUUGAGCCAUACUUUCACUGGUGUCCUAAAAGUACUCGCUGUUUGUUGUUGCUUUGAGGAAUCAAAAAGACCACUCCUGCCCCCUGGUGGCAAACCAAAACUGUUGCACCUUAAAGAAACUCCACUUCUGUUUUUUUUUUUUUUUUUUUUUUUGUGGUGUUUCCUCACUGAAGCUGUGUUUAAAAAUGUGUGUGUUUAAAUAAAAAAAAAAUCCACUUUCCUCAUUUGUACUAUGAACUUCUGUGGAUCAUAUGUAAAAGUCUGACUUUGGCUUGUUUAAAGAUAUUUUUGAUGCUGUAUUGAUUUGUCUUGGAGAGUGUUUAUGCUCAAGUAGCUUUCCAUCCAAACAGGGUGUUGAUUAUGUAUGCAAAGGAUAUGUACCUUUGCUUUUUAAGAGUGUGUGUGCGUGUGUGUGUGUGUGUGUGUGUGUGGGAAGGUGGAAGAUCAUAAUAAACCCGGGGUGAAUUUUCACUGCCGUCCUUUAUGUACUGGGCUUUAAAGAAAGCCGUGAGUAUUAAACGCCUAACACUCCUGAUACUUUGGCAAUAUGUCGUCGUUCCGUUUUUAAACCCAGAUACCGAAGUCCCAAUAAAAAGCGAUCGAAUUUAAGACCAAAAGCUAGUAUUUGUUUACAUGUUACAACUACUUCUUGUUGUAUUUCUGAAGCAAUAGCAUCGUGUUGGCACCAGAGUCUGACUUUUGUAUCGACACGGAAAUAUUUUUUGUACAUAGUAUAAGCAGUGGUGUUGCACCCAGGCAGAAUCCAGUAUUAAUGUGACUCCAAGGUCGAAGAAUCGGGGUGGGGGUGGGGCAGCCAAAUUUAUCUUUUCACCAUUUAAUUAUUAUUAUUUUUAUUUUAAAAAUCCUCGUCUCAUCCUGUUCGGUGUGAUCUCUCCUGUUUUGGAAGAAUUUCGUGAUUUUUGAUAAUAAAUUGUCGGAUUGUUUUUCACGAGCAACGCCGACAAAACACUGUGGUAUUGUAAUGAACUUGUGUGUCUAUUUUGGAAAAAUAAAAGCCAUGAUUUUUUUUUUUUUUUUGUCUUUUUUUUUCUCUCUCUCUCCAAUUUUGAACAUGUUUUACAAUAAAUAUCUGGUCUGAAAACUUGA